AUCAGAAAUCUCAGUUGAGAGUUGAGACCCCCCAAAGAGAGCUCUUCCAACUAAAAUGGCACUUCAGAACGGAAGGUUUUGUGUUACAGGUGCUGGAGGCUUCGUUGGCUCCUGGGUCGUUAAGCUUCUUCUCUCCAAGAACUGCAUAGUCCACGGAACCAUCAGAGAACCCACGGAUGCAAAGUACUCUCAUUUGAAAAAACUUGACAAGGCAUCUGAGAACCUGAAACUGUUCAAGGCGGACUUAUUGAAUUAUGACUCCCUUCGCACGGCAAUUGAAGGAUGUGAUGGAGUGUUUCAUGUUGCCAGUCCAGUUCCCCCCGGCAGUGUGCCGAAUCCUGAGGUAGAGAUAAUUGAACCUGCUGUUAAGGGGACACUUAAUGUACUUAAAGCAUCUCUUGAAGCAAAAGUCAAGCGCGUUGUUUUUGUGUCUUCUGUUGCUGCUGUCUCUGUGAAUCCUACAUGGGCAGAAGGUCAAGUGUUAGAUGAGACUUGUUGGUCUGAUAAGGAAUACUGCAGAAAUACUGAGAACUGGUAUUGCCUCUCAAAAACUGAAGCAGAAUAUGAGGCUCUGCAGUUUGCAAAUACAACAGGGAUUGAUCUUGUGACUGUUUGUCCUACACUUAUAUUUGGCCCAAUUCUGCAGUCGACUGUAAAUGCAAGUACCUUGAUCCUCAUCAAGCUUUUGAAGGAAGGGAAGGAGUCACUGGAAAACAGGCCCCGGAAGAUAGUUGACGUGCGGGAUUUAGCUGAAGCACUUCUUAUGGCAUAUGAGAAGCCGAAGGCUGAAGGAAGAUACAUAUGCAUGUCCCAUAGCGUUAAGAACAGGGAUCUAGUUGAGAAGCUGAGGCGCCUUUAUCCUAAUUACAAUUAUCCUAAGAACUUUGUUGAAGUAGGUGAAGAGAAACAGGUCACCUCAGAGAAACUGCAAAGGCUUGGGUGGGGUUACCGGCCAUUGGACGAUACUCUCAUUGACUCUGUUGAAAGCUACCGAGAAGCUGGACUAUUGGAUUGAUACAUUGCAGAGUUAUGUUUUGCCUGGCUGCAUCAUUCGAAUCAAUAACCAAAAGAGGAAACGUUUGGCAUGGGCUGUUGCAAUGCCAAUUAGAUUUGGUGAAACCCGAGCCAAAGAGUAUAUAAGUGUCUACUACCAGUUGCUUUAGUGUCUUAAGUGUCGCUUUUUUUUCUUAAUACUAAGACGUCUUACAUUUAUAAGUGAGAGAAUUUAUAAGUGAGAGAAGUUGUGAGUUUGCUCGA